UGUCGGACAUAUUGCCUCUACCAAAUCACGUGCAUCUAGAAAUACAAUGUGGUUGUGCUGUUGAGAGAUCGGUUUAAAUUAUGCUUAUUAGCGAAGUGUGGUUGUAUGCAAACUAGGGGCACCCGCUUUCUAAAUUAGAGUAAAAUACAGCAUGGCCUCAUACAAUUAAAAUAAUAGCAAAAGGAUACGGCAUCCUUUGGAAAAAAAACAAUCGUCACUUGAAAUAAUUGGAGGGCGCAUGCGCUUGUGUGGUGAGACUGGCCAAGUUGGUUGGUCUUUUCCAAGGGGGGCUGAACAUUGAACAUGGCUCGCACUCAUUUCAUUGGACAGCUUGUCCUCACAAUACAGAGACGAAACCCCGUUUGGUCCAACUUCAGCUUGCUAACAAUUUAAUGUUAGCUUAGUUUACAUACAUGGAUCUAAGUGAUGCAGACCAGGGGAGCUUGGCAGAGGUCAAGCAUGUAAUAUUGGUGCUGUCAGGGAAAGGAGGGGUGGGAAAGAGCACCAUGACAACAGAGAUAGCCCUGGCACUUCGGCAUGCAGGAAAAAAGAUGGGCAUAUGGUGUGUUCAUACCUGAUGCUUUGUCUUGUGUCGGUGGGAUCUGGCGUGACCUGUGUGGCCCUACCCCAUGCGUGUGUGGCGGCCGAGGUGCACCAGGUGACUCCGCUGGUCCGUCUACGUAGACUCCAGCAAGAGCCUGGCCCUCAUGUCCAUUGGCUUCCUUCUGGAGAACCCUGAUGAUGCUGUGGUCUGGAGGGGCCCCAAGAAAACAGCUCUAAUUGGCCAGUUUGUGUCGGACGUGGCAUGGGGUGAACUGGACUACCUCCUGGUGGACACACCCCCAGGAACAUCGGACGAGCACCUGUCGGUCGUGGAGAACCUGCGCAAGCACAAGCUGGACGGAGCCAUCCUGGUCACUACUCCACAAGCUGUUUCCACUGGCGACGUGAGGCGGGAGAUCACAUUCUGCAAGAAGAUCGGCCUGCGCAUCCUCGGGCUAGUGGAGAAUAUGAGCGGCUUUGUGUGCCCUCACUGCUCGGAGUGCAGUAAUAUAUUCUCCAAAGGCGGAGGAGAGGACCUAGCAAAGCUGACAGGAUCGCCAUUUUUAGGCUGCGUGCCCCUGGAUCCACAGCUCAGCAGCAGCGUAGAGAAUGGUAAAGAUUUCAUUCAAGCUUUCCCAGAGAGCGCCACCUUCGCAGCCAUCAACAACAUUGUACAAGCCGUCAUGACCAGCUUAGAAGCUUCCUGAGUAUAUGUGUGUACAUGCCCUGUUCCUCCACAAGCGCUCUUCCCCAUAAAAUCACAUUGAAUUUAAAUUCUGUGUAUGUUGGGUUGGCUCCACUGAGAGUUUAAGGUCAUGCUUGUUGGUGGGAGGCUGCCUCGAAAGGUCAUGCUAGUUCGUGGGAGGCUGCCUCAAAAGACCAAGAUCCAUUUUGUGGGAAAAAGUCUUGACAAGGCCAAGUUAACCUAUAUUGCAGUCACUUAUUGUUCUUUUUAUCUACCAAUUAAUACAGCAAAUCAAAGUGUCUCAAGGUUGAUUUUUUUAAAUGUAUGUGUAUUAAUGUAUGAAUAAAUCAAAAUCCGAUCCAGCAUUG